AUGGUGUCGGACGAACAUUACGACCUAUGUCUACCUAUCUUGCUGGACCCCUCCCUCGAGGACGAGGAUAAGAUUGACAAGCUCGAAGAGCUCUUCAAAAGCGAGACGAACCUAAGAGGCACCUAUCUUGACCAUGCCAUACUCGACGCUCUCUGGAGGUUUCGCGACGGAGGGGCCGCCUCGGCAUCCCCGCCGCCCAUACGACAGUCCAUUCUGCGCCGUCCGUCGCCGGCAUCCUGGCGCGGGUCCCCCACGCCCCUGACCGGCUCGCCACGGCUAGGAGUGAGCCCGCUGGCGCCCCCGGGGUUUAUACCCUCGACCUUCAACCGCGCCAUCUCAUCGACGGCCUCGCCGUUUUCCUCCCCGCGAGCGUCCCCGCGGCUGGCCCUCGCCACACCGACCAUGCCACAUAGCCCGAACCUCAACGUGUACGAGUUCGCCAGCGAUUCGACACCGGCGACGGAAAUACAUGGAUACCACCAAGCCGAGAACGUUGAGUGGCUCGUCAACGACGACGCCGCCAGCGUCGCUUCGUCCAGCGGCAUGUCGAGCGGGUUGAACGCGGCCGCGCCCGAGUUUUCCUCCAUGACGUCCCAGCAAGCGGACAUGUCGCCCUAUGACAUGCUGCGCUCCAUCCUCGGGCAAACGCGCACCGACGAGGACAUCGAAGCGGCGCUGGCCAUGCACGGAUAUGACCUGAGCGCCACCAUCGCGUCCAUCAUGGAAGGCCAGGGCCUGAAUGGUGCGGUGGCUGCGGCACCCUCGGAGGAGCCCAAAAGCGUGCUGAUUGGAAAGUCGAUAUCGGCCGGCAGCCGUCCGGCGACACCGGCCAGCCAGGCAAGGUCCGGCGUCAUCUGCAAGUUCUACAUAUCGACGGGCCAGUGUUUGCGUGCCGACUGCCGCUUCAGCCAUGACCUCAGCAGCCAUCUCUGCAAGUAUUGGGUCAUGGGGAGCUGUCUCGCGGGGGACACCUGCGUCUUCUCUCACGACCCGUCCCAGCUCGUCAACAAGUUGUCCCUGGACGAAGCCGGUGCCGGCAGCGUGAGCUUGGACCACGCCAACCUCCAACUCCACAGCUCGAAAUCUUUCCCUUCGCUGCACCAGCAAGAAUACGUCGGACUGAAGGGGGGGUUCGGGCAGGUGCAGGCCGAUGGACCACGUCAAGUCGCCCCGGCGGCAAGCCCCCGGCCGCAGGCGCUGGAUAUGAACGCACCCGCGCCCGCCAUCGACGACAACGAGGUCUUUCCUUCGCUCGGCUCGGCCUCGGCGAAGCAGGGCAAGAGACAUCACGGGAAGCGCGGAGGACACGGCGGCGGUCAAAAGGACAACGCCCCGCCGGCCUCGUUGGCCGAAGUUUUCAAGAGGGCCCCCUCGCCGGCCGGUGGACCGUCUCGUGCCGAGCCCGGAAGGUCCGGGGCCAGCCCAGGCACCUCGACGCAGCGAAGCGGCGAGAAAAGUGCCGCGGCGCUGGCGAUACCUCCUCCGAAAGUCAUACCCUGGCUGGAAACGGGCGAACGGGUCAACCGAGCGUAUCUCAAGUCGCGUCAAGAAGCCAUGAAGCACGGCGGCCUCCGUAACAAAUUUCUUCAGAGCGCGGCGCAAGCGUGGAACCGCAACGAUGCCAGAGCGGCCAAGGCGCUCAGCCUUCGGGGACAGAGCGAGAACGAACUGAUGCAAAAAGCGCACCGGGAGGCGGCCGCCGAGCUGUACGCGAAGCGAAACCAGGUGUUGAGGGGAAUCCAGGCCGAAUUCUUCGUCGACCUCCACGGCCUUCACGCCGACGAGGCCGUCGAGUAUCUCGAAAAGGUUCUCUUGGAAAACGGCAAGGAGGCUCGACCCAUCUACGCCAUCGUCGGUUGUGGCAAUCAUAGUAAAAAUGGCAAGGACAAGAUUGGCAAGGCGAUUCGAAACUUCCUCGACGAGUGGCGGUACGCCUACAACGACUUCUCCCAGCUGGAUGACCGAGACCUGAAUGGCAUCAUAGGCAUCGACGCUCGGAGCUGGGACAAAUCGCUCGCUAGGGAGGGCGAGGGGCAAGGCAACGACGAAGAUAUGAUGAGCCGAGGUAUCGAAAUCGGCGAGGGCAAGGUCCGGCUGCUGGUUCGGGAUACUCCCAAGGGAUCGGACAUCGACGAUCCUCCCUCCCUCCAGCCUAGUCGAGCUAAGGGUUUCAACUCGCCAACAUCAUCGGCAUCCAAAUUCCAAACCGAAGCUGUCAACUUGCACUGCACCGAUACUCCGAGUGCACACGUACGUGUUUCUCCAUCCGGCGCCCCCAGGCCCGCCCUCCUACCCUCGGCACGCGUUCCCCAUCGACCUCGACCUCGACCUCGACCUCGCCUUGUUCUUCCGGCGUCGGAAGAGAAUUUUGUCCUCCAGCCGCCUCGUCUCGCUGGGUCCGUUCUUUUGGCCCUCCUCCGAGCCCCGAGCUUGAACGCCGACGCUGUAGUGGAGCGAGCCAAGACGACCGAGAAAUCCAUCAAUCGAUCCCCUGCAGCGGCGAUAUUGGAAACUCGACGAGGCGAACACGUCCACGUACCCACCGCGUUGUCGAGCUUGCCAUCGACAUGGAACGGACGGCUUGUGGAAGAUAAUCCGUCGAUCAAUUUGGAAGCGCCAUCCGGGAUGACGGAUCCUCGCUCCCUCCCCACCAUGUUGUCCUCUACUGCAUCCUCCUCCUCCUCCUCCACGUCCUCUCUCCUGCCCCCGACGUCGACACCGUACCAUGGCGAUGCCAACGGCGGUCCGCGGGCGCAGCACCCGCCCCGAUCGUCGGCCUCCAGCUCGGCGCGAACUUCGUCCUCGCCCGCGGCCUCGUCGCGCCGCUGGCACCGUCUCUCGGACCGGCCAGCCCUAUCACGAAGGUCGCAUGCCAGCCCGCGGCGGCUUCUGCACCGAGGCUGGAAGCUUUACGUGACCUGGAGCGAGCGCAUCGGCGCCGCCUACCUCCGCCUUUCGCCGCUGCACCGCGCCCUCGCCGUCAUCGCUUGCAUCCUCGGCUGGGUUCUCCUCAUCCUCAUGCUCGUCUACUCCCACCGCUUCUUCUCCUGGCUCGCCCCCCACUCCGAGGCCUGGCGCAAGAGGCCGGCAGGUUGGCUCCUCAUCUUCUUCGCCAUCUUCAUCACCGCCUUUCCGCCUGUCAUGGGAUACUCAACCGCCACCACCAUCUCCGGAUUCGUCUAUGGCUUUCCCCUGGGUUGGCCCAUCGCCGCCUCGGCCUGCGUUGCCGGCAGUCUCUGCGCCUUCCUCAUGAGCAGGACCGUUCUCAGCGGCUAUGUCGAUCGCUUGGUCGGCAAGGACCACCGCUUCAUCGCCCUCGGCCAGGUCCUUCGCAAAGAGGGCAUCCUCUACCUCACGGGCAUCCGCUUCUGCCCUCUACCCUUCAGUUUGAGCAACGGCUUUCUCGCCACCAUCCCAAGCAUCUCGCCCCUCUCCUUCGCCCUCUCCACGGCCUUUUCAAGUCCCAAGCUGCUCGUCCACGUCUUCAUCGGCAGCCGCCUCGCCGUCCUCGCCGAGAAGGGCGAUUCCAUGACGGCUGCCGACAAGGCCAUCAACUACGCCAGCAUGCUCGUCGGCGGUGCCAUUGGUGUCGUCAUUGGCCUCAUCAUCUAUCGCCGCACCAUGGCCCGCGCUGCCGAGCUGCAGCGCGAGGGUGCCGGAGCGGAGGAGGGUGAUGCUGGCUACGAGGACACGGAUGCCACGUUGAUGGACCCGGACGAUGCCGCCACCGUCAUGUCGGAUGAUGACUUGAGCCUUUGGGACAUGCAGGGCUCGGAUUCGUGGGAAUCAGGCCACGACAGGAGUCAUGGCCAUGCCACCAAGCAAAAGCGCCCCCCCAGCGACCCUUGA